CGACCCAAAGUCCGUCUCCCACGUGUUGAGCAGCAGAGGUCGGCCUGCGACGUGUUCUGCUGUUGGUAAUUUAGAGGGCUUGGUUUUUCUGGGCCUCUGUCACCAUGUCUAUGUUGGCGGAACCUAGGAGGAAAACACAACAGUGUUUUAUUAAUCCAAGAGGUGACGCCUGGGCAAAAGAUGAAAACAAAUUUGGCCAGAAGUUAAUGGAAAAAUUUGGAUGGUCUAAAGGGAAAGGCCUUGGAAGAGAAGAACAGGGAAUGACUGACUGUAUCAAGGUUCUAACAAAGGACAACAAGAAAGGUAUUGGAUACAAGGGGUCCGACGACGAGUGGAUCAAACACUACGAAGGAUUUGAAAGCGUCUUGGCUAACCUCAACAGUGAUAAUUCCAAGGAGAACUCUUGUUCUAACAGUGCUGCUAACAGUGAUGAUGAGAAAAAGAAUGCAUCAUCCUUAGAGAAGCGGUCGAAGGGCUCCCGAGCCAGAGUUCACUACCACAAAUUCACUCGUGGCAAAGAUGUGAGCCGUUAUAAUUCGGAUGACAUUGCAUGCAUCAUUGGGUCAAAAAGAUCCAAGCAACUUGCUGAUAUUGAGGCAACUCAGAUCAAGGAAGAGGAUGAGGUUGGUCAGCAAGUGAAGCUGAAUGGCGUUACCACUGUUAAAGGUGGUACGGUUCAGGUGAGUUUAUCCAUGUCUUGUUGCAUUCUGAGACUUAAACCUCUGAGUUGGCCAAAAUACAAGUUUACUACACUUGAGUGCUCAUUUUUGAUGGCAUGCAAGUCUAUGCUUUUGAGAUUCUUUGCUCUUAUGUCCAAGUUUACAUUGGCAAGUAUAUUCAACAGAGAUGACUUUGAGACGAAUGGCAGUUUUGGUUUUGGCUAUGGGAAUGCCAGAGGCAGAAAGGAAAAAGAAAAGAAGAAGAAGAAGGACAAGGUCAAGCAGAAGGAAGUAGGAGAAGAAGAAAGUGUGUCUGACACUGAGGCUUCAGUCUCAAAAACUGAGAAGAGGAAGAGAGAAAUAGAUGAAGACUUAGACGCUGAAACACAAGGUAAAGUUGAUGAGAUUGUCAAGAAGAAGAAAAAGAAGAAGAAAAAUAAGGAAAGGGAAAAUGAUGCUGAAGAUGUGGAUGCUGAGAAUUUAACCAUUGAGAACUGUCAGGAGGCAGAGGCUGAGAAACUUCAUGUUGACAUGGAUAACGAAAAGGAGAAAAAGACGAAAAACAAGAAAAAGAAGGUAGAAUUGGAUGUAGUGAAAGCAGAGGAAUUGCCAACUGAAAACAGCAGCAAAGCAGAACCUGAUAACAUGCAAAGUGAAGAUGGUGUGAAUAGUGAAAAGAAGAAAAAGAAGAAGAAGAAGAAAAGUAAAGAUAAGAAUACAGAAGAGUUACCUAUAGAAAAUAGUUGUGAAGGAGAAUCUGAAAAUGUGGAUGUUCAGAGGACAGAUGAGGUAAGAGAGAAUGGAGAGGAAGUAAAUGGAGUGGAUGCAGGAAAUGAAAUGGAAAAACCAAAGAAGAAAAAGAAGAGGAAGUUAGAUGAAACUGAUGGAAAUAAUGAGGAAAGUGGUGUUACUGAACCACAAACCAGUGAAAAGAAAAAGAAAAAGAAGAAGAAAAGCUUAUGCCAAGAAGAAAUUCAAGAAGAGAAUUGUAAUGAACCUUCAGAUGAAAUUCCCAAAGCCAUGCCUCCAGACUGCACGGAUGAGGGAGAGGCAAAAAUUGCAGAAGAAACUUCGCAAAUGGAAGAAUCUACACCCAAAAGGAAGAAGGGAAAGAAGAAGAAACAAAAAGGAAGUGAAGACAAAGAUGAGAAUUCUCCCUCAGAAGAGGGUGAUUUAAGCACAGCAACAGAAGGCAAUAAAGAGGGAGCAGAGAGUGAGGAAACAAAUAAUUCUGAAGGUAAAUCAGACGGAAAGAAAAGAUGACUAGAGCUAGACUUCGUGGAUCUUGCUGUCUCUGAUGUUAUUACAAAAGACCCAACAUCAUUUGCUAAAGAGAUUGAAAGAAAAAAA